UGUUUGUUUUCUUUAAGUACGUUUUCUUGUUUUAUUUAGCUUUUAACCCUGGGAUAUUUCUACUGCAAUCGUUUGCUUUAAAUCAUGUUAAGUCAUGGUAUGGUGUUUUUCACCUGUUUUGGUCUAUUGUGGUAUAUAGGCUAUUAUGAAUUCAGGCAAACCCAUUCAGACAUGCUCUACACACAUUACCUGCCACAUAUAUGUCUCUUCCCAUGUCAUUUAUAAAGGGACUAAAGUGCUGUCUCAUUCUUCAGUCAGCAGUUUUAGCCCAUCAACUUUCAGUCAGCAGAAAUCGGACUUUAAUCUUUUUGGUGACGACAGGAGCACUGAUUGGCUGAAUAAGCAAGUGGUUCCGUCUAGCGCGCCCCCACUGACCAAUCAGCGGCGCCUAGUCAGAAGGAAUUCAGCAGAUCCGGUUUUCAUACAGUGCUGGCGGCUGUGUUGAUAUUUCAUCAAUAUCUUUCUUGUCCCGUCACAAAGGAUAGAAGCAAACCUCCAGCGGUACAUCAGAAUGGCCCAGGGGAUACUAGACGAGGUGAUGAUGAAUGACACACUGAUAAAAGAAUUGGCGGAUGUGGCAAAAGAUGCAGCGCUUCUGCAGGGCGUUCUAAUGAGGAUCCAGGAGACCCCCAACUCAUCAGAGUUGGUGACCUACGCCCCGUUCACCCUCUUCCCCACACCUGUGCCUAAGGCUGUGUUCCUCCAGGCUCUGGCAGUGCAAACACACUACAACACACUGGUGGACAAGAUCAGUCAGGACACAGACUUUCUAGAGGAGGCUCUCUCCAGCACCAUUGCAGUGGAUGAUUUCACUGCGAGGUUGUUCAAGAUCCACCAACAAAUCCUGAAAGAAGGAAGGUCUCAGUCUAUCGUGUUGGGUCUCAAUCGGUCCGACUACAUGCUGGACCAGAGAGACGAUGGCUCGUCGUCUCUGAAGCAGAUAGAAAUCAACACCUUUGCUGCCAGUUUCGGAGGUCUCUCAUCACGCACGCCAGAUGUACACCGACACGUUCUUAAGGUGGCUGGCCGACUGGAGGAGAGCCAGAACAUUCUAGACAACAACCCUGCAGCUGGUCUAGCCAGGGCUGUGGCCAAAGCCUGGGAGCUCUAUGGAUCAGAGAGAGCAGUGGUCAUGUUCUUGGUGGAAGAGAGCCAAAGGAACAUCUUUGAUCAGCGAUACAUUGAGAGUGAACUGUGGAAGAGAAACAUCCCCACAAAAAGAAAACGGUUCGACGAUGUUUGUAAGACAGGGUCCCUCGAUCAGGACAAGAGGCUGUUCGUUGAUGGCCAAGAGGUUGCAGUGGUGUACUUCAGGAACGGCUACAUGCCCCAGAACUACAUUUCUGAACAGACUUGGGAUGCUCGUCUUCUGAUGGAGCGCUCUCUGGCUGUGAAAUGUCCAGAUAUCAGCACUCACCUGGCUGGAACCAAGAAGGUCCAGCAGGUGCUCGCCAGGCCUGGAGUUCUGGAGAAGUUCUUCCCAGACCAGCCCCAAGUAGUGGAGCAGAUCAGAGCAACGUUCGCCGGCCUCUACACUCUAGACAUGGGACCAGAGGGUGACAAAACGGUAACAAUGGCGUUGGAAGAACCAGACCGCUAUGUCCUGAAGCCUCAGCGAGAGGGAGGAGGUAACAACAUCUAUGGGUCAGAGAUCUGCGAGGUCCUGCAGGGAGUGAAGGGCAGCACAGAGAGGAUGGCCUACAUUCUGAUGGAUAAAAUCCAUCCUGCCCCUGUACAGAACUACCUGCUGAGACGAGACGCUCCUCUUCAACUCAGUAACUGUCUCAGUGAACUGGGGGUGUUUGGAACCUAUGUCAGGCAAGGUAAAGACAUGGUGAUGAAUGAGUGUGUGGGUCACCUGCUGAGGACCAAGAGCUCCGAACACUCAGAUGGAGGUGUAGCGGCAGGAGUGGCUGUGCUGGACAAUCCUCUCCUCAUCUGAGAAUUUACACUCCUACCUGCUGGGUUUUCAACAGUUCCCAGAUGGACAACAGUGAAAUGAAGGUUGCACUUUUGAGCCACACUGUCACGGUUAAAUUCAAAGAAAUACUAGCAGUUUAGGCUCGCUGUUGCUUCCAUUCCUCCAGGAUUCUUCCGGCCAUUGGAGGUGAUGCAGUAGACAAAUGUCUGUGUAUUAUUUCUAGUGUAGCUCGGUGUUUGUUAUCUGCCAAUAUCAGUGGUUCCGAAAGGGUUUAUGAGGACCAUGAUUGUGAUCAGUUUUUGAUAUCAUGAUGAUUCUAUUCGUUACGUGCUGCUCUCAAAUACUAAAAACUUAAGGGCUUAAACAAAACUCAGCAAGUGAUUAGAACACAUCAUUCUAACACAAUAACUUGCUCAGUUUGGUUACACAUGUAACUGCCCUAAUUCUCAAUAAAUACCGGAGCGUUUGUUUACCUCAAAAGUAAAUCUUUUGAUACUUGAAAAAUACUUUCACCGUUUCGGGGACAUGAUCACUUUUCUUACCUGGAACCUUUUUGAUAUGAUAUAGUGUUUGUUUUGAGUUUGCAUUGACAGCAGCCUAGCGUUGGAAACAUGGUGGUGAAAUUUGACCGCCAUCUUGUGGCUCUCUUAUGUUACUACAAUAUGUUAGGUUGGGUCCCUCAAAUGCAGUUAAGUCACUCUGAGUUACUGACAUCUCACAACAUAUUGCAUAUUAACUGAGAGAACACAGUUUAAUUUCUGAAAGUGAAAGUAUAGGAUAUUAGCAGGCUCUGUAAGAGUGUGUUUAUAAAGUAUGUCAUUUAUGGUUGCUUCAGUUUGACUGUAGAGAGCUUUUGGAAAGCAGGUUGUACAACUCUUGACAAAAAUCACUCAUGAUGGCAAUCAAGGUAAAUCCCAGGUUGAAGUUUAGAAAAGUAGGCAAGAAAAAAACCAAGUGUCCUUAUACAGCUGUUUUUGGCUGUUCACAACCUUUUAUUUGACUAUUUUUAUCACUUGUACUAUGCUAAGCGCUGCUUGUUUUAUGAUUGAGACAAGCAACUAACAAACCAUUCACUGUAUUCAUACAUUUUGCUGUAAUUUCUCAACCCUGGAAACAAAAUCAGUGGCCAAAAUACCCCAAUCAUUUUCAGUAACUUUAUAAGAAAUAGCUAAUAAAUAAGAAACAUAAAACAUCGAAUUAUUUAUUUUUAUUGUACCUUUCAAACAAGAAACAGCUGAUUGCAAAUAUAGUGUGCUAUGAUGUGAUGGUCAUUUUAAGAUUUUCUUUUUUAAUUUUGUCCAUUAUGAUUAUGUUAAGGUGAAAGAAAUGUGUAUGUCUAUGUAAGGAAUAGUCAAACAUUUCACCAUUACAUCAAGGAUACUAUUAUAUUAUAUAAUAUAUAUAUUAUAUUAUAUACUAAGACAAUUAAGAACCUGUGUGAUCAUCAUGUUCAAUCGAGAAAUAAACUGUCUAUCUGUA